GGCUGGGGCUUGGGGCCCGGGAAAGGUGUCGCGCGGCAGCGGGGGCAGCUCUAUGGGCAAAAAGAGACCGCCCCCGCGCCCCGCGAAUGGGGCGCAGCCCCGGGGACAAGAAAGGAAGCGACGCAACCCUUUGCAUUUUCCCCAGCUAUCGCGGCUUGGCGCCGUUGUUGCCAAGCCGCCCGUGGGCCGAGGGCCAGCGGCCUGCGCCCAGGGGCGGUCCUCCUCGGGCAGGACUGCUCACGGGCGGCGACCGCUUGUUCGCAUGCCCCCGGGCCUGCCGCGCCCCCCGGGCGACCCCGUCCGGGGGGGUAGUUGGAGGUAAAUUUCUUACCGGGCGAAAUUUGCGAAAUAUUUAGGUUCGUCUGCCCCUGAUAUUUACAAAAUAUUUAGCUCGAAACGCGACCACAGUGUUUUCCCAUUGAAAUCAUUAAGGAGCCGAAUCCGGCCGCGUUUCGAGCUAAAUAUUUUGUAAAUAUCAGAAGCGUUCCGAGCUAAAUUUUCGCAGUGUUCCGGCAGCCGGGCC